GAUAUUAUUAUUAUUAUUAUUAUUAUGAUUUAUCAUCCAUCCCCGUCGGUCCCGUCUGAUGUGGCGUGGCGUCCAAUGACACCUGUAAAAGCGCCUCCAUGCGGAACACCCUCUUCCUUCAUUCUUCUCUUCCUCUUCCUAGCUCUAUCCAUCAAUCAAAUUAAUCAUUUCUUCCCUUUCUCUCGGAUUCUUUCUAUUUUCCUGAAAGCUGCUGCUCGAUUGCCGAAUAUGGAAGAAGGAAGUUACCGGUCGGAGGCGGUGCGUUUCGGCCGUGCGGAUGUGUUGUUGGAUCUCUCGGAUUUGGAGUCGGUCCAGAGUUGCGGGGAUAUCGCACAUUGCGAAGAGAAGAGUGCAGAGAUUGAUAUUCUGGAAGAUCUUUCUUUUGACGACAACAUAAAUUGGACAGAUGAGAAGCACUGCUUGUAUCUUGAACAUUUGGAAGUUUCAUUUGUUAAACAGCUACACCAGUCAAUGGGUUUGGGUGAACAUUCCCCAGGCAAAAAUAACAAAGGAAACAGCUCAUCUCAAUUUCAAAUGCGGUCUGUCUCUUCUUUUAACACUACUUCCGAGCAGCAGGGUCAGGGCGGCUGCUGUGAAGUGAUCAUUGAUCAUAAGAGAUGUACUAAUAUUUUUUCUCAUGGUCUUCGGACGUUUGAUGUUGCAGAGCUUAUUAUUUUAGAUACAGAGAAGCAUGAGAAAGUUCCAGCGGAAGGUACAGGCCAAAACUUCGUGAAUGAUGAUGACGAUGAUGAAAGGCAAAACAAACAAUAUAAUCACUAAUGCAUGGGUGAAACGACACGACAGAUGAAGAGUGAGUGUCUGCAUCUUCAAUUGAUAUAUAGUUCAACAUUCUGCCGCGACAGAUCCUUCAGCAGCUUACGUACGUACAGCUCCUACCUAUCGUUGAGUUGAACUAGCUCUUCACAGACAGGGAAUUAUUAGCAAGCAGGUACGUGUUCCGCAUGGUUAAGGUACGUGUUAUCACAUACUGUAUGGUAUAUCCAGGACGUGAUGCGCACAGAGGACGGCUGGUCUGAGCCUCAGCGCGGGCGUGGCCUAGGCGCCGGGCGUGUCAACUUCCGGACACGUGACACAUAUAUGUAUUUCUUUAGAACCGCACGGUUUUGGCAUUGUGAUUAAGUUAAUUAAUCGAAUGUGCUUGUUGUAUAAUCUUCUCUUUAAUAAGUCUGCAGCUCUAUAAUACUAAACAAUCACGUCAUUGUUAUUGAAAUUAACUUAUGUCAAU